AUGGAUUUGUCUUUCCUCGAGACCUCCCUCUCUUCUACGAUCGCUUCUCACAGUCCAUGCCUCAACCCAUACUCCAAAUCUCAGCUUUCUAAGAAGCUUCGUCGUCUUCGUAAGAAAUUUCGCGUUAUCUCUACCCGAAUUUCACGUGGGCUUGAUGCUUCGCUUCUUGCUCUGCACGAUCGUGCGCUCUUCGAUCUUUCCAAUCAGUUAUGGCAUCGUUCAUAUGCCUCUUCAUCUCCCUUUCAGUCUAACAAGCGGAAGCCCUCUAAGGUUAGUGUUAGGGUGAGUUUCUCUCCUACCCCUUCUCCUUGUCUUCCUCCCCCUCCUCCUCCACCACUAGUUCAACCUAGCAUCAACGACGCUGAUAUUACCGAGGAAGAUAAUGAAUUGAAUUUAGAGAACAAUCUCGGCAGUGGACUUGAAGAGGAGCCAUAUUUGCUAAUCGGUGAAGAUGGUUGUGGGCUUGGACGGUUCGCGACGAAAACCAUUAUGGCUGUCUUUGAUAGAUCCCUCAAGGAGGUGAGAAUGACACUCAUUCGCCAGGAACUUCUUUAUCCGGACCAGACGUCUACGUCUUCGUCUACUCUAGCGGAAUCGUUGAAACAAGGGAGGGCAAUAGAUUUUGAGAAGAGGUGGCGAGAGCAAAGAGCGCGGAACUAG